AUGUAUAAAUCAAUCAUAGUUUCAUUGUUAUGUGUCGUCUACUGUAAUGCUGGCGGCUAUGGAGGAGGCGGUGGUGGAGGCUAUGGUGGUGGUGGUGGACGAGGAGGAUAUGGUGGUGGAGGAGGAGGUUAUGGAGGCGGCGGAGGAUUUGGCGGUGGAUUUGGCGGUGGAUUCGGUGGUGGACGAGGAGGAGGUGGUGGAGGCGGUGGUGGUAUAGUGCCGGCCGCUAUCAUAUCCAGACACCGUAUCGACUUUCGUGACGUUCCGUCAUCGGGAUCGGUAGCGCCGACAACCAUCGAUGUCGGAGCUUCGGCCGUACCCCUGAACAUACUGUUCCGAUCGUCUUCAUCGAACAUCAACGUACAACAGGCUCACGAAGGAGGCGGCGGCGGUACUCAACAAAGUCAGUCAUCCGACGAACCUCAUCAUCUGUUCCACGAAGUAAACAAACCUAUCAUUCAAGAGGUCAGGGAAGUGAUUACACCGUUCAGACGUAUUGUCCAAGAGAUCAAUCCCGUCCAGGAAGACAUCCAGACUAUUGUUGCCCGAGGAACGGGUGGCGGUGUUGGUGUUGGCGGCGGCGGUGGCGGAGGUUUUGGCGGCGGUUUCGGCGGCGGAUUUGGCGGCGGUUGCGGUGGUGGUGCCGGCGGUGGUUUUGGCGGCAAAGGCUGUGGUGGAGGUGGUUAUGGAGGAGGUGUCAAAUCAAGUGGUGGUUAUGGCGGUGGCGGCAAAAAGGCUUAUUAA